CUUUUAAAGGUAUUUUCUCAGCCUGUAUGUGAGUUUGGGACAUAAUAUGCCCAAAGAAGACGCAGAGCAGGAGGAAGAAGACGAGGAGAUGGCAGCUUCUCAGGGACGGCUGACGUUCCGGGAUGUGGCCAUAGACUUCACUCAAGAGGAGUGGGAAUGCCUGGACCUCGGUCAGCGGGACUUGUACAGGGAGGUGAUGUUAGAGAACUACAGGAACCUGGCCUCCUUGGGACUUGUAGUCUCUGGGCUGAAUCCGGUCACCUUUCUGGAGCAACUGAACAAUCCCAGGAGUAUAAGGAGAGUGGAGACAGCAGCCAUACACCCAGGCUUUAUGAAUCAUCUGCUACAGUUUGUUCUCUGCUCUUUAUGAAGAGUCCUAUUUUCUCACAUCUUUAAAGGAUAAUUGCCUAUGGAAAAACUAAG